CUGUGCAAAACUGCAUUUAUAUAUCCUGAAAGGUGUGAUACUACUUUUUCAGACUCUUGCAACGACCCUUUCGACGUUAGGUACACUGAAGAGGACUGCAACCAUGGUGAACAGGAGCUAAGGUACUAUUACGACAACGAAACACGACUAUGUCGGCAAUUCUUCUAUGGAGGUUGCAUUGGAGUGUCCAGGAAUAUUUUUACCAUCGCACAGAUUUGUGAAACGCUCUGUGCUGAAGGUCGCAAAGCUCUCGAACUUGAUCAUGUUACAACUGAGAUAUCAACUUUGGGAAUCUCUGAAGAGUGCAUGGAACCGUUUGAUGAGGUGCUUCGUCUUGAAUGCAUAGAUGCAUCUUGGAUUGAAAGAUUCUAUUGGAAUGAGGAGAAAACGGAGUGCGAACCAUUCUGGUAUGACAGCUCGUGUGAUGAGAAAAAUGUCAGUGGAAAGAAUUUUUUCAACACUCUUCAAUCUUGCCAAGUUGCUUGUCAUGAAGAAACUGCUCCAAAACAGCCUGGACUGCCAGCGGACCAAGAGAUAGUACAAGUUACCGUACCGGACCGACUUCUAGAAACAUAUGGCGACGUCGUAGCAAAAACUACAUUGGAUAAGAAAAUGUUCCCACCGGAGGAUCCCUUUGGCCUUUUGCAAAGAAGAAAGCCGAGUGAAGAAAAACCGUCUCCAGCACCAGCACCAUCUCCUACUCCCCGUCAGGAGAUCAGCAAUUUUAUUGCAAAAACUUCCGUAGAGCCGUUUGAUAAAGAGAAGUUUAUGGAAGAGUUCAAGAAGAGACUUACUGCAUUGCCGGAAUGGUACAAAAAAACAGUCACAGACACGCAAUCAACGAAUAUUUCGGAAAGUUUCGAAGUUGGAAAAAGCGCGAAAAGUCAAACACCAUUGUUCGACGUCUUCUCUCAGUCUACGCAAAAAUUUGACAAGCAGAAGUUCAGAGAGGAAUUCAAGAAGAAACUUACUGCUUUGCCGGAAUGGUAUAAGAAAACUGUUACAGAUAGGGAAUCACUGGAUGUCUCAGAGAAGAACGGAGCCGGAACAAGCAGCAAACUCUCUCCUGCCCAAACUACUGCCACCCCUAAAACUAGCCAUAAAAUAGGAUCCGAAAAGUUCGAUAAGCAAAAAUUUAUGGAAGAAUUCAAAAAGAAGCUCACUGCCCUUCCGAGCGGGUUUACUCCAAGAUCUGGAGCGGAUCUGCCUCCUAUAUCAUUGAAAUUUACACAUCAACCGUUUACACUGCCGCCAUCAUUCUUUGAAGAGGAACAAACUGCCAAGCCAACAUCGCAAAAACCGCCGAAACACUCAAAAUUGAUGGAGAUCAAGUCAGGAAUGGUUCCUGAUCUUCCAGUGAAAAAGCCUGCUCUUACUGAGGAAAUGGAGGAUAAAGUCGUAGCUACCAGUAACGAAAAGGUUGUAGUUCCUGAAGACAAGGAUGUGUACACAAUUCAGAAAACCUUAGCCGAAAUGUCCCGUCCGAAAGAUUUAUGCGAUGAGCCUUUGAAUCCAAAGCUGGAGGAGGACUGCAACAAUGAAAAUUGGGAGCUGAGAUGGUUCUUCAACAAAGAGCGUGGCGCUUGCAAAUCUUUUUGGUACGGUGGUUGCGAGUCUGACGCGAGGAACUUCUUUGGAGAUAUAAAGAGUUGCAAAAAGACUUGUGGCCAUAAAUAUCCUAUCAACCCGGAUUCUCUUAAACCUCAGUAUUUUGUGAACCCAAGGACCCUCACAAGAAAUGUAGAUGUCCAGCGCAAUUCUUCAGAAUCAGCAGAAGCACCUGAGCAAGAAAACCAUGAAAAUCGGACUGAGACCUCAACACCCGGAAUAGCGAUAAAGCCGAAAGCUACAACGGCAAAAACAACAAAAGCUGCAAAAACAAAGUCAACUUCACCUUUAAAAAUAACAACAAGGAAAGUAGCAACAGCAACACCAGCACCUUCGCAGAAAACCAUUACUGACUUCGAGAGAAAAGUGGACACAGCCCCAAAGUUGGAACCUAUGGCUACCGAAAUGACCUUUGAGAUAACGAAUGCUACAAAAGUAACAAAGGCAAUGAAACCAUCUUCAAUUCUAUCAGAUUCGGGAAGUAUGGAGGCAGAUAUCUGCAAUCAAGGAUAUGACCCAAAAUGGGAUGAGGAUUGUGCAAAUGACAAUUGGAUUGUGCGAGCAUAUUACGAACCGAAAAAGAAUGGUUGUAAACGGAUCUGGUGGGGCGGAUGUAUCACAGAAAACAAGAAUCUUUGGAUGAACUUGGCGGAAUGUCAGAAAGCUUGUGCUCACAAGAUACAGACGGUGUCAGCGCCGUUCUCACCGAUGUCCAGUGGGCCUACUGAUCCAUCGUCAAUCAAUGCAUCCGAAAUUUUCCACUCCAAUAUGUCAAACAUAGCAGCCGAUGAUCCUCUAGCACAUUCAGAUCCACCACAAGCUCCUUUCACCGUGGUUCAUCCUCGUGACAGUCGUGCCACAACUCGUGUCGCUCGCCUUGCGUUCCAUUCGGAUUUGGACAAACAGCUAGCUGCAGUGAAACGUAAAAAGGAAAAUCGCGAAGAUUUUGCCUACAGCAGCGCGGUGAACCAUCCAGUCACCAUCGCAUGUAUGUUCCUACCUUUACUUCUGCUGUAG